AUGAGAACAUUGUUCCAACAGGACACGUGUCUCUCAAAUCAUCCAUUUACCUUUCUUCAUUCCAUUUAUUCUAUACCCUUAACUUUUUCUGUUCCUCUCUGUCUCGCUACUAUAUCCCCAUCUCUCUUCACUGUCUCUGUCCCCCCUCUCUUCUUCUCUGUCUCCCCCCCUCUCUCUCUCUUCACUGUCUCUGUCCCCCCCUCUCUCUCUUUCACUGUCUCUGUCCCCCCUCUCUCUCUCUUCACUGUCUCUGUCCCCCCUCUCUCUCUCUUCACUGUCUCUGUCCCCCCUCUCUCUCUCUUCACUGUCUCUGUCCCCCUCUCUCUCUCUUCACUGUCUCUGUCCUCCUCUCUCUCUCCUCCCUCUCUCUCCUCCCUCUCUCUCUCUCUCCUCUUCCUUCCCUCUUUCCUCCCUCUCUCUCCCUUCUUUCCCACUCUUCCUCCCCUCUCUCCCUUCUUUCCCACUCUUCCUCCCCUCUCUCUCCCUUCUUUCCCUCUUCCUCCCCUCUCUCCCUCCCCUCUCCCCUUCUUUCCCACUCUUCCUCCCCUCUCUCUCCCUUCUUUCCCCACUUUUCCUCCCCUCUCUCUCCCUUCUUUCCCCACUCUUCCUCCCCUCUCUCUCCCUUCUUUCCCACUCUUCCUCCCUGAGCAGUGGCUCCAGGAAAGGAAGAAAACAAAAACCUUUAAUAAUAUUUUUAUUUAUUUAUCUAUCCAUCUCCCUGCCUGCCAUGUUUCCUUCAUUAUCUCGUUUCUUUUCUCUUUUUUCUGUGUGUAUAUAUAUAUAUAUGUGUGUGUGUGCGUGUAUCUCUCUCUCUUCAUAUAUAUAUUUAUUCUCUCUGUAUCUCUGUAUCUUCUCUCUUCACUAUCUCUGUCUUUCUUCUCUCUUCACUAUCUCUGUCUUUCUUCUCUCUUCACUAUCUCUGUCUUUCUUCUCUCUUCACUAUCUCUGUCUUUCUUCUCUCUUCACUAUCUCUGUCUUUCUUCUCUCUUCACUAUCUCUGUCUUUCUUCUCUCUUCACUAUCUCUGUCUUUCUUCUCUCUUCACUAUCUCUGUCUUCCUUCUCUCUCUCUCCACUGUCCCCCCUCUCUCUCACUCUCUCUCCCUUCCUUCCCAAUCUUCCUCCCCUCUCCUUCUAUAUAA